AUGAGGCGCCGGCUGCUGCUGGCGUGCCUGGCUCUGCUGGUGCUGGUGCUGGUGGCGCCGCGGGCGGCCGUGGCGCGGGAGUACGCGGCCGUGUUCAGCUUCGGGGACUCCCUGUCGGACACCGGCAACCUCUGCGUGGACGGCAUCCCGGACUACCUCGCCACGGCGCGGUCGCCGUACGGCAUGACCUACUUCGGCUACCCCACGGGGCGCGUCUCCGACGGCCGCGUCGUCAUCGACUUCAUCGCGCAGGAGCUGGGGCUGCCGCUGCUGCCGCCGUCCAAGGCGAAGAACGCGACGUUCCACCGCGGCGCCAACUUCGCCAUCACGGGCGCCACGGCGCUGGGCAUGGACUUCUUCGAGGAGCACGGCCUGGCGCGCGCCGUGUGGAGCUCCGGCUCCCUCCACACCCAGAUCGGGUGGUUCCGCGACAUGAAGCCCAGCAUCUGCAGCUCCCCGCAAGAGUGCCGGGAGCUGUUCCGGCGGUCGCUGUUCGUGGUGGGCGAGUUCGGGGGCAACGACUACGGGUCGACCAUCUUCUCGUUCCGGCCGCUGGAGGAGGUGCACGCGCUGGUGCCUCACGUGGUGGGCGCCAUCGCGCGGGGCGUGGAGGAGCUGAUCGCGGAGGGCGCCGUGGACCUGGUGGUGCCGGGGCUGCUCCCCACCGGCUGCUUCCCCAUGUUCCUGUCCACGUUCAGCGACAAGCCGGCCGCGGCGUACGGGCCCCGGAGCGGGUGCGUCAAGGAGCUCAACACGCUGUCGUGGGUGCACAACGCCGCGCUGCAGCGCAAGGUCGAGGAGCUCCGCGCCAGGCACCCCGCCGUGCGCAUCGUCUACGCCGACUACUACACGCCCGCCAUCCAGUUCAUCCUCCACGCCGAGGAGUACGGGAUGCUGAAGCAGAUGCCACGAGCCUGCUGCGGUGCACCGGGCGUGGGGGAGUACAAUUUCAACCUGACGUCCAAGUGCGGGGAACCGGGGGCGUACGCGUGCCAGGACCCCUCCAACCAUUGGAGCUGGGACGGCGCCCACCUGACCGAGGCAGCCUACGGCCACAUCGCCAAGGGCUGGCUCUACGGGCCUUUCGCUGACCCACCAAUCCUCCACCCCUGA